AUGCUUUUCCUAUCCAACGAUUGCAAAGAAUAUCGCCUUGAAGGGCGCCUCGUUGGGCACAAGAACACAAUCAAUUGCCUAGCGGUCUCUUGCAAUGGAAAUAUGUUGGCAAGUGGGGGCUCGGACGGCAUGAGGAUCUGCGACCUCAAACGACGAGUGCAACUCCCAACUCCACGUCAAACACCAGCCAUCCAAAAUACGGCUGAUCCGGUGACUUGCGCAUGCUGGAUAACCCGUCAAGAAGCAACGCGUGAGACGCUAUGCUAUGGCACAGGACUGGGUUUCAUAUGUAUUUGGCAACAGCAAGGACAAGGCUUGGAAGACUUCAAUGCAAAAGUGUCAAGGCGAAUCGGAAUGGGUAAGGAGAUAAUGUGCCUUACCUAUGAUCAUAGUGGCGACAACAGUCGUAUUGCAAGUGAAACACGCGACAGACGGGUUCAAGUAUGGACAUUUGACUUCAAGGGACUGUUGAUACCAAUCUUCAGCAUUGAGCUCUCCACCACGGUUCCGCGCACUGUCAACUUCAAUCGAACAGCAGGUAGAAACUUGUUGGUAUUCGGGAUGUAUGACGGCAAGAUACAUACGCUUCGAGGCUCGGACAGCACUGUCAUCGCUACAAACAAGGCUGGGCCGAUGAUCGGGCACGCUGUUGUGGACGCCCCUCAGACACUGUUCCUAAUCGACAAUGUAAUGAACGGAUUUAGCUUGCACCGAUUAGAAGAUGGGGCGUGUAUCCGUACCUAUAAUACCAAUCCAGUGAAGACAUUCCCGAAACAGGUUGUUUUUGGGGAACAGGCUACCCUUGUUGUCGGAGGCAGUGACACAGGAACUAUUCAUAUUUUUGACAAGAAUGAAGGCGCCCUGAAGCAAGUAUUGCAACAUGCAGACAAGGGGUGA